UUCCAGGGGAUAAGAAAAUUACUGAGGUUGUUAAGGCAAUGCAAGAUGAAAUUAAAGCAAACGGUACAAUUACGGCUGCGAUUGAUGUUUAUUCUGAUUUCUACCAUUAUGGAGAAGGAGUAUAUAAGAGGACUAAUGGCAAUUUUAUAUCAUCACACUCAAUUCGUAUAAUUGGUUGGGGAACUCAAACAUGUUCAGGAAAUGUUCAACCAUUUUGGCUUGCUAUUAAUUCAUGGGGAAAACAAUGGGGAAUGAAUGGAGUAUUUAUGAUUGCCCAAGGAAUUAAUGAAUGCAAGAUUGAAGCUUGGGGAUCUGAUUUUGGCACACCAAAAGUGUAA